UUUGGCUUCUCAAAAGCACCAUUAAUAUUAAGAGAUUCUUCUUCUUGUUUCUUUCAAUAAUGGAUCCUCAUAAAAGAGAUCAAGAAGAAACUCCAUUAAUGGACAUUGAUCUUUCUCUCAAAGCAGAAGAACAACAUCAAAAUCAUCAAAAACUACCAGAGGGUGAUCAAGAAAAUGAAGAAGAACAAGUAUAUAUUCAAGUCGAAUCUCAAGACAAAAAAGAAGAAGAAGAUUUAUCAGCUGAAUUAAGCUUGAAGGGAAACAAUAACAGGACAGAACAGUUACGUGUAUUGCAAAAGGAGAUGAAUCGCAUGAAGGAAGAAAACAAAGUGUUGAAAAAUAUAGUAGAGCAAACAAAGAAAGAUUACUAUGAUCUUCAAAUGAAAUUCUUAGUUAUUCAACAAAGUACUACCCAAGACAAGGAUCCACAAAUAUUUUUUUCACUUCAUGAUAACGAACAAGAAAUUACAAAGAUGGGCUCAAAAGAUUUAGAUAUGAAAAAUCAAGAACUAGGGUUAUCGUUGAGGUUGAAUCAGAUUGAAAGAAAGGAAGAAAAAGAAGAGAAUAUUUAUAAGGAAGAAGCUGCAGCCACAAGCUUUCCAUCGCUUCAAAAGAACAAUAAGUUUCAACGGGGAGAAUUAUCAGGAAUUACAAGCCAUGUUUCUUUGCCACCAAACAGAAAAGCUAGGGUUUCAGUUCGAGCAAGAUGCAAAGGAGCAACCAUCAAUGAUGGAUGCCAAUGGAGAAAAUAUGGGCAAAAAAUUGCCAAAGGAAAUCCUUGCCCACGUGCCUACUAUCGUUGCACAGUAGCUCCGGGAUGCCCCGCAAGAAAACAGGUGCAACGAUGCUUAGAGGACAUGUCGAUUCUGAUUACAACCUACGAAGGAACACACAAUCAUCCUCUUCCAGUUGGUGCAACUGCCAUGGCUUCAACAGCUUCAACAACAGCCUCCUUUAUGUUACUGGAUUCAAGUAAUCCUCUCAGUUCAGAUGCCAUUAACACUCCAAAUUUCACCCAAAAUUCUCUUCAUUAUCACAGUUCUUUCAUGAACCCUAAUUUUUAACAUCCAUCAAAUUAUCGAAACGUAAACCCUAAUGAUCCUUCCAAAGGAAUCAUUCUCGAUCUCACGAAUUCCUUUCCAAUGGCGCGCUCUUCUUCAGCUCAACCAGGUUUCACUUGAAUUAAUAGCAUGAAAAUGUAGUUGAAUUAAUUAAUUAAUUGAGUUCUAUAGCUCAAACUUUUGAUCCUAAGUUUAGGUUUGCCGUUGCGGCUCCUAAAACAUCUCUCAUUUAUUAUUAAUUCCUUCUUUAAUUAGUUUCUAGGAAUUAAUGGGGAGACUGGUAGCUGUUGAAGCAACGUGCAAUUGGGAUAUUAAAUAAUCUCAUUUCAUCUUUCAGCAACCUCUAAAUCGAUCCAUAUAUCAUGCGAUCGCCAUCAAGAAUCUGAUUAAUAUUUUGUUGAAGAAAUUUGCAGAGCUUUUACUCUUAUUGGAUAU